AUGUUCCUGCAUUCGGGAGCUAGCCUACAUGGCCAUGAGUAUUCAAAUCGGCCGAACCCUCAGCCUGGUCAUAGGCGCAAUCCUCUUCUGCGAUCUGCUUUUGCAGCACCUAUAAAACGAUCUUCCUCAUAUCACCCUAACACUUCACCCUCACUUAAUGAACCUACCUCGCCUGAUUUACGACGACCUCGUCCUCUUUCGGAAUAUAUACCUAGGACCCCCGGCGCUACUGUGAAAUUUCAAGAGCCCCAAUGCGAUUCGACGACGGCCAAGCCAGAAGCAAUGAGCGAGGAUGAAGGCUCAAUUGCAUCCGAUAGUGACGCGAGCCGCGUAUCGUCUUCGGCUCGUCGCAACCGAAGGAGAGUCAUGCGGAAAAGCACUACCUUUCUCCUUGCACAUCCGCCUCCAAGGCUGGGUAGCAAGCAGCGUCUAAUACAUAUACGACCUAAGCUAUUACUUCAGAUGCAGCAGUUAGCAGCUAACAGGCGUCCAAGACCAGCUAUUGACGUAUUUCCAUCCUUUGCCGUAGCUGGACCUUUGAUUGUACCCUUGCUAAAGCGCUUUCCUCUCAUCGCCCGCAUCAAGCGAGAGUUGGGUAUCCGGGAUAUCAUGCUGGUCAAGAGUGAAGACUACGAUGCGCAAGCUUCUGGGUUAGACAGUGAUGGCGACGACGACGACUUGAAGUCCCGCGAGCUGUUAGCGAUAUUAAGUCCAGUCUUGACAGAAGACAAAGCCGAAAUCGUGCUAGCCGACGGAACAGUCUGGACUGCAACACCACGGUUCAACGGUGCCAAUUCAUGUUCCUAUGAUUUCGUCACUGUUGAUUCAAAUGGAAACACCACGACAGCCAGAUGGGUUCGCAAGCAAAUGGCAACUAAAUCCUUGCCAGUCAUGCCAACCUCGCCAGGCUCCACGCCUACGAUACCUGUGCCCGACUGUAAAUUCACCUUCAGUAUAAUCGAUCCUAACUGCCGACGCCAUCCUAUCAUGGCCACCCUAACAAAUUCAUCGCUCGAUAUACUAGACUCCUAUACAACCGUCUCGCAGUCCGCUAGCCGUUAUCCUCCGACUUCUCCUAUGUUAUCUACAGCUACAUCUCCUACCAACGGAGAGAACACUCCUAAGCGAACAACUCGGCAAGUUGAAGAUUGGCAGAAAACUUUUAUUACCAUAUCAGCUAUAUGGGUAAUACUUCGUCACGGGUGGUCCCCUAAUUGGAAGCCGGCAGAUUUUGGUACCCUAUCCCCGACUCCUCCCGCCACGCCGGUAGCCACAAGCGCAUCAGCUCGGAACCGGUCUCCGACGAAAACUCCCAGGUGCCUUGUGGAUGGGUGA